CAGGCAGGUGUUAGCCAGCCCUGCUGUUGGGUUAUUAGGUCCUUGUGUGACCUCCAGUUUAUGGAGUGCUGUGGGUGCCGGGUAUAUUUAUGAAAUUAGAAAAAAAGCAUUUUACAGUUGGCAAAAGAGAAGCUUCAGCAUAAGAGAUGGGUGUGAUAGGGGUACAGCUGGUUGUUACUAUGGUGAUGGCCAGUUUACUACAGAAGAUAAUACCGCACUAUUCUUUUGCUCGUUGGCUUCUCUGUAAUGGCAGUUUGCAUUGGUACCAGCAUCCAACUGAAGAUGAGUUACGGACCCUUGCUGGGAAACAACAACCAAAAGGAAAAAGCAAAAAAGACCGACGAUAUAAUGGUCACAUUGAUAAUAAACCACUUACCAUUCCCAAGGAUAUUGAUCUGCACUUGGAAACGAAAGCAGUUACUGAAGUGGACACUUUAGCUCUUCAUUAUUUCCCUGAAUAUCAGUGGUUGGUUGACUUCACAGUUGCAGCUACUGUGGUUUACCUAAUAACAGAGGCUUACUACAGCUUGAUGGUUCCCACGCAGGAGAUGAAUAUCAGCAUAGUAUGGUGUAUGCUUGUCCUAGCAUUUGCAGUUAAAGUGCUGUUCUCUUUGACAACACAUUACUUUAAAGUUGAAGAUGGUGGUGAAAGAUCACUUUGUGUUACAUUUGGGUUUUUUUUCUUUGUCAAAGCAAUGGCGAUUCUUAUAGUUACAGAAAACUACUUGGAAUUUGGUCUGGAAACAGGUUUUUCAAACUUCUCUGAAAGUGCUGUGCAAUUUCUUGAAAAACAAGGACUUGAAUCCCACGGUCCAGUGUCAAAACUUACUUUCAAAUUAUUCCUUGCCACGCUGUGUUCACUCAUCGGAGCUUUCCUUACAUUCCCUGGCUUGCGGCUUGCACAGAUGCACCUGGAUGCCCUUAACCAAACAACAGAAAAACUCACACAGUUUUUCCUUCAUAUAAACUUCUUGGCACCACUGUUAAUGGUAUUACUAUGGGUAAAGCCGAUCACCAAGGACUACAUUCUGAACCCACCUCUAGGCAAGGAAAGUGUGCCUUUAAUGACAGAAGAUGCCUUUGAUACUAUUCGUCUUUGGAUCAUCAUUCUGCUGUGUGUUUUAAGACUCUCAAUGAUGAGAUAUCAUUUGCAAGCCUAUUUAAAUUUAGCACAGAAAUGCGUGGAUCAAAUGAAGAAGGAAGCUGGCAGAAUAAGUACUACGGAACUGCAGAAAAUGGUUGCUCGAGUAUUUUAUUAUCUUUGUGUCAUCGCAUUGCAGUACAUGGCACCUCUUGUUAUGCUUCUUCACACCACAUUUCUUCUGAAGACACUAGGCAAUCAUUCCUGGGGAAUUUAUACCGACUCAGACUCCGCUGUGAGUUCUACACAAGCAUCUAAUCAACCUUUUUCGGAGCUGCCAUGUCCUGAUGAAAAAAUGAAAGCAACGGUUGCCCAAAUUACUAUGGCCCUGGGUGGAUUAAAAAAUAUCUUCACUCCUCUUCUAUUUCGGGGACUCCUGUCUUUUCUCACUUGGUGGAUUGCAGCUUGUCUUUUUUCUACAAGCUUGUUUGGGUUAUUCUAUCACCAGUAUCUGAUUGUGGCGUGAUACAAAAAUGAUCCUAAAAACGCGAAAGGACCAAAAAUGUGACAUGAUGCUAUAAUGACACAAACACUUGUCUGAACUUAAACUUAUCAGCAGCAUUAUGUCUUGUUUCAAUGUUUUCUCUGUCUUCUCAGGGUAAAUAUUGUACAAAAUUACUGUUGGGAACUUGAUUUUCAUUAUCUCAGAGGAAGAAAACGGACUGCUGAUCAUACUCCUAUUCCUUUUUAAAAAAUUCGUUCUAGGGGAAUAUCACCAAAAUAUAAGCUAAACUUAAAAAUAUCUUUUUUUAUAACCUCCUUUAUGUUACAGUGUAAAUACAAGGACACUUCUUAUUUUGUUUUUCCCAGUCAGUUCAGUUUUCUUUUACUGCUCAUUACAAGAUUGUGUAGUAGUUGAAAGGCCACAGAGAACAGUUCAUUACAUACAAUAUCAUCUGAUGGUUUCAAUAACUGUCUUUAUAAUCUGCAUUCAUUUUUGUUUUUAAUUGAUAUACUAAUCUUGGAGGUAUUUAAGAAUUUUGGAAACUCAUGGCUCCAUGCAAUGUACAGAACCUCCAAACCUGCAUUGUGCAUUGCCUUGAGGAUCUUAAUUGCUUUAGAAGUAACGUAUUCACUACAAAUGUACAAAUGAGUUUAAUGGGCUCUUGUGGGCAUUUGCCAAACUGCAUAUCAUUUGUGCUAACGGUAGCACCAAAACCUAGAAAGGUAUUUUUUCCUCCCACUCCUGACCUGCAUUGUGUACAAAACCCCUUAUAAGAGAAAGCAGCCCAUAUGUGAAACCAGGUUGUUUAACUUAUUUUUUUGGUGAUAAAUAUAUAUAUAUAUUUUCUUCUUGAGACAAGUAUUGUAAAAGGCCUUAUUUAUAACAAGGCAGCAGAUCUAAUGCACUGGACUCAUAUAGAACAUUUUCUUCAGCGCGUAUGUGUGACCAUUCUAAUGUGGAUUUUUUUUUUAACUCUUAUGCUUUUUUUUUAUUUCCUACUCUAAAAUAAGAGCCAUACAAAGAUAUUUGGGACUUAAAGGAAAAUAAGAAGUAAACUUUUCUGUUGGACAUGUCCGUUUUUUAAUGGCGACCGUCCAUUGGGACAGAAUGUAUCGCUACUGUAUAUUACAGUAAACAAAGCUAUGGUUGAAAGUUUCUGAACAAUUGCGUGAUAUCCUGUGACUUUUUUAUGUGCCAGAGUGGAGGCCUUUCUUAGGUACAUAAGCCAUUAUAUAUCUAAUUAUCUGGUUUUAGUCACUUAUAUAGGCACUCUACUGGUGUUGGUGCUUGUGUUGAUCCACAAUUUAAAACUCCUGAAGAUAUGUUGAAUACUUCUUGAAAUAGCAAAGAUUGAAAUGAUUAAAUCACUCCAAAUAAUCACAUUCUUAGAAUCCUAGUGUUUAAAGAUGCAUAUAAUAUAUAUAAUAAAUUAUAAAAAAAUUAUAAUAUAUGUUUUGAAAAUGAA